AUGCUUAAUAAACAAUUGAUCUUAUUAGCAUCACUUAUAGUGAGUGCUUGCAAUACACAAAUACAAGGAGUAAGUCCAGAUAAACAACAUUUGUAUCAACCAAUAGAAAUCAAUGGUAAGCAGUAUUGGCAGUGUUUGAAUGAUUCCUCAAUUAAAUUGACCUAUGAUCAAAUCAAUGAUGAUUAUUGUGAUUGUCCAGAUGGGUCUGAUGAACCAGGUACAAAUGCAUGUCCAUAUAGUUCAGAAUCCCCCAAAUUGUUCUAUUGUGAGAAUAAGGGUCAUAUUCCUGGAUAUAUUGAGAAUUAUAAAUUGAAUGAUGGGGUAUGUGAUUAUGACAUUUGUUGUGAUGGUUCAGAUGAAUAUAAAUCAGGGAAUUGUGAGAAUAAGUGUGUUCAAAUCCACGAACAAUAUGUAAAGCAUAAAGAACGGAUUGAGGAUUUCAUUGGUAAGGCAUUGAAGAAGAAAGAGACAAGUAUUAAAUUAGCAAAACAUAGAAGAGACAGUUUAGUUAAUGAAAAGGAAAGAUAUGAACCUGAAUUAGCAAUCAAAAAAGCGCAACUUGAACAAUUAAAAUUGCAAUUAGAAGAGAAAGAAUUAGAUGAAGAAUUUGGACGACAAGAUACAGAAUCUGCUUAUGAAUUGUUAUCUGAACACUUUGCAGAAUUGAAUGAAAAAUUGGAAUCUCAUAAGAAAUAUUUAAACAUCCAAGAAUCUAAUAUUGAAAAAUUAGAAAAGAUUUUAGCUCAAUUAGCUUCUUUGUAUAACCCUAAUUUUAACGACCCUGCCGUUAAAGAUACCAUUCGUCAUUAUCAAGAAUAUGUUUCCAACAAGGAAACUGAAGUAAAGAGGGAUUUGAAAGAAACUGAUCAAAUUCUUGAAAAAUUGAAAGAAAAGGCUAAAUCUUUAACCAAUACUGGCAUUGGAAAUAUAGUUCCAACGAUUGGAAACGUGUUCCACUACUAUUUCCAAUUGUUUGCUAAUAAAUACUUAGAAAAGCAAAUUACAAGCAAGGUUCAAAAGUCAAACUUGUCUGUUAAUGAAUUGGGUAGUAAGAUCGAAGCUUUGGAAAAAGAUAUAAUAGCCACGGAAAAGAAGUUGAAUGAGAUCAACAAAGACUUGAAUUUGGAACUUGGACCAAACGAUAUCUUAAGAGCUUAUAGUCAAGCCACCGUCAGUAAGAAAUUAGGUGGAUAUCAUUACAAUAUCAAUCUUAUGAAAUCAAUCUAUCAAGAUGACGUCUUAAUUGGAAAAUUCAAGGAAUAUAAAGAUAACAAAGUUCAUUUCCAAGGAGGCUCAAAAUGUUGGAAUGGACCUUAUAGAUCUGCAGAUAUAGAAUUUGUUUGUGGAACCGGUCCUGAGAUUCUUUCAGUUAGUGAACCAGAAAAGUGUCAUUACCAUUUUAUUAUACAAGGUGAACUGUGGUGUGAACCAAUUACAGAAGACCAAAUACUUUCAGACUUUACUAUUGACUUUGAUAAAUUAUAA